AAUUCGCUUUCGCUUCUAUCACAAGCGAUCUGUGUUCUUCAAGUGUGAAAACUAUUCUCCGAAUAUUUGAAAACAUUUCUUAGAAAUGAUUGUUUGGAUUUUUCUCUCAGCUGCUGUGUUUUCACAAGCAUUGGGACUUAAGUAUACGGACUGCGGUUCCAAAUCCGGGAAGAUACUUGAUGUUCAAUUGACUGGAUGUGAAGAAACUGAUAUUUGCGAGCUUAAACGUGGAGAAACUUACACAUAUCAAAUUCAGUUCGAAUCUUUGACAGACAGUGAAAGCGCAAAAACUGUUGUACAUGGAAUCGUGAAUGGAAUAUCCAUGCCCUUCCCUGUGCAAAAUCCAAAUGCUUGCGAGAAUGGAAACCUUGACUGUCCUUUGGAAACUGGCAAGUCAUAUACCUAUUUGAACGAAGUGGAAGUUCGAAAGAGCUAUCCCUCAGUGCGCGCUGAUGUAAAGUACGAAAUUAAGGAUGAGAACAAAGAAAAUCUUGCCUGCGUUAUCUUCCCAGUGAAAGUUGUUUAAUUCAUGCAUUAAAAAGCUUACUUUACUAUGAAAAUCUGAAAAAUUUUCAGCAAUUCUAAGUCAACACAAGUUGUGAAAUAAACGUUCUUGUAUUCAAA